UAUUCAGUAAAAGUAUUCACAUCCUGCUCUUCCGUUGGCUUUUAAUGCGUGUACUGCACUCCUAAUAUCUAUAGUGGGUAUAUCAGGGACGUUCAACCACACCUUACAUCGUGAAGAUAAGUCACAGGUGGUGCAGCAGGAGCCUAUCGAACUGGUGGAACGGCGAGAAGUACUGAAGGUAGUCCAGUCGAGUACAAGAAGUGGUUCGAUCGGAAACGCAAGCUUGCUCUUCUUGGUGAAUGUGUUCGGAUUGUUGGGCUGGCAAGGUGAUGGUGUAAAAGUGGUGUUAAAUGGAGGAUUACUUCUUAGGUGAGAUUGCCACAAAUGCUCUAUUGGAGCCUUUAAUUGUCGGGUGAAAAGCUGUUCUGAAGUCCAUCCACCGAAUAAAUCUACGUUCAUCGAUGACUUAAUAAUCAUCUCAAAGAUCCGUGCUGGCAACCUGCUGCAAGAUGAUUGGCCGAUGAUUCUUAUACUCCGAAAGUACUCAAAAGGCUAUGCAUAAUCCUGUAGCAAUUCACUGGUUCACAUGGACACUUUUAGUCAGCCUAGCGGCAGGGCAGUGUCCAUGGCAGCGCGAGGUGCCCGAAUUGCAAUCCUCCUGCAUAUGUUCGUAUAAUUUGGGACGAGAACUGUCCGUCCAAUGCGACAUGGUUAACUGGACGAAACUGAUGUCCGCCCUGAACAAGUAUGCCACGCAAACGGCCUUAGACCUUCUCUACGUGAAUAAUUCCACUGUGGGAAUUUUACAAGAUAACAUAAUUCAGAAUCUGAAGAUUCACAAUAUUCAGUUGUCCGGCUGUCGCAUUCGCACUAUAGAAAGUGACGCAUUUAACGGUCAAGUACGAUACCUAAAGAAUUUAAAUUUACAAGACAACGAGUUAACCGAAGUGCCAGUGAUGAGUCUAAAACCGCUGGAAAACCUGCAGUUGCUAGACUUGUCCCAUAAUAGAAUAACGAAUGUUCCGCAGUCUGCAUUCGAAAGCUUAUUGAAGCUGACUACGUUGAAACUGUCAGACAACAAUGUAACACUUGAAAACGAAGCCUUGCGAGGGUUAGAAAAGACCUUAAAAAAUUUGAAUUUAAAGGGCACCAGGCAGAACAGAGUGCCUCGUGCAAUUCAAGGCUUGACCACGUUAGCUUUUUUAGAUCUAUCUCAAAACAGCCUCAGAGAAUUACCGGGAGUUGAUGGUGACGACGCCUUCGCGGGCCUAAACGCUUUAACAGCGUUGAAUCUCGAAAGGAACCUUUUGCAAGAACUUAAAGCAAAUGCAUUUGAAGGGAUCAAAUCGACUUUGAGCUCACUGAGCUUAUUGAACAAUCUACUGUCCGACUUUCCCAUUGCCGCCAUGCAAAGCUUAAACGAACUGCGGGUUCUGGAUAUUGGUUUUAAUUUGCUCACUGAAAUACCUGUGGCGGCUCUCAAGGGCAACCCGAGCAUUACUUUGCUGGCUUUAGACGGCAACCCACUAACAACCAUACCUUUUGAGGCUCUGUCGCAUUUAAACAAUACAAUGAGAGGACUGAGUCUUGGAGGCAGAUUUCUCCAUUGUGACUGUAGGAUGUCCUGGAUUAUUGAGUGGAUUAUGAAAGGCGAUCUUCAGGUCACGUCUAGGGAGAGAAAUCCGCAGUUUUGCGGAAGUCCACCCAAAUUUCGAGAUCGAAAUUUUUAUAGCAUCGAACUGAACGAGCUCUCUUGCAGCAAUGAGGCGAGUAAGCCCAUAGGAGUGGCCACAGUAGUUACUGCCAAUUUAGAUGAUCUGGUUAUACCUCAACAAAACGCUUCUAGUUCAACAACGACCAAAAAGCCCAGCAGUACGACCAGCAAGACCACCGUGACGACGUCGGUUACCAAAUCAACUUCAUCAGCAACGUCGAGCGUGGCAACCACCAGGAAACCGAAGCCCUCACCAACUUGGAAAUCCACGCAAAAACCACCGCUUGUGAUGGCAGGGUUUCCGUCCAGAAAAUCAGACGAAAAUAAGGAAGUCAUUGUAAAGAACGCCUUUAGGCAGGACAAUUCAGUCAUCAUUCAAUGGGGCUCUGAAACAGCAAACAUUUUGGGAUUUCGGGUAGUGUACCGAUUGUUUGGGGACAAGAGCUUUAAGCAAGGACCGCCAUUGGAUGCAAGUGAGCGAGAGUUUAAGAUCAAAAGUGUACCUUCGCAAGAGUGCAUCGUAGUCUGCGUAGUCUCUUUGGAGGAGCUCAGCGUUACUCCCGAAAACGUUCCCCACCGACAAUGCAAGGAGGUCAGGACAGUGUCUUCUGCUUCCUCUAACAUGGACAAAAUUACAAUAGCGGCUAGUGCAGCCAUUUGUGGUACUAUUGUGGUAGCUGUGAUUGUGUUUAUCGCGGCAUCCCGAAGACGAUCUCGAAAACUCCAGGAGUUUCAUCAGCAAAAAAUUAACGGAUUGAAACAUGGGCUGCCGAUCGCAGGCCUGCCAGUGAACUGCUGCACUUUACCACCAAAUCCAAUGGAGCCCCUGUCCUCCUUGGCCAAUCUAAGCGCUUACAACAAUAACAAGGAUUGGGACCAAGUCUCAGCCUACAGCACGCAUAGUCAAAGACCACGCAUGUACACAGUGGAGCAACCGCCUUCCUUAGAUGAACUUCGGGGCCAUUUCAACGCUAAGAGUAAAGCUAGAUCGGUUGCAGACGGUCAAUCACAAAACAGUUUUUCAAAUCAUUCAGGUCGGUAUUUAACGGCCAAUGCGUUCCCGAAUAAUUUAUUGGCGUCCAGACAAGAUUUACGACAGUCCAGACAAUCACUGACCAUGCAGUCUGAACGCAUGUCUGUUCGCAUGCCUUCACACCAGGGUCCCGCCCACUCAAUCGCCUCUUCAACACAUCGAUCUAGACCACGGUCUAGAUCAAGGGACCAUAGACCCAGCAGCCGAUUCAGUACUGCCGGUUCCACACACACUUUGAACAAUUACUGUGACAAUUCGGACAACUGGACUGAUCACGAUAUGGACAUCUAUAUGGCGAGAAAUCCUACUACUCGAAAUGGAUUGGUGCCACUUUAGUAUCGAGUUUAUUGUUAAAACGGAUGCUAGUUGCUCAAAGACCAUGAAGACUAACGCAGUCAGAUUUUUUCAUCUGAGAGUUCAGUAUAUUAUUGUUAACUUAGUUGUACACCUUGUAUUAAUCUUAACGAGUUGCAGUAAAUCUCGUGUUGACGUUUCACCGUUAGACAUAUUCACGAAAAUAUUGAGUCAGUCGAAAAAUCGCGCACAAACUGCACAGCCAUCCGUGAUGACCACGCGUUUUAGGGACGAUUAUAGGUUCGAGUAAGAAUAUGAAAGAAGUUGCCUUAUUAUGACGUACUUUCUGUAAGAACAGAAAAAUCAGUAAUAUACCGAAUUAGAAGAUUUUAGUUAGGUAACGCGUAAUGUAAGACAAAUCUAAAUAGAUUUUUUUUUAAACAA